GACUCUAACUAGCUUUGUCUUGAAGACUUGGCGAUGGGGGCAGGAAUUUUGCCAAGAGUGUAAAAAUAGGUGCAGUUUGCAGCAGGGUCUCUCUUUCUUCCUUGUCUACCUUGCUUUUCAGAGUCUCAGCCUUGGAGUUGAGUUAGAAGUCAUGUGAGCCUGACAACCUGCGAGCUGCAGCGGAGACGGAGCUGAAAGAGAGUGUGUGACCAUUAGUUCAGAGCGCUGCUGGCUGGAGAGGCUGGCAGAGAACUGGCGCCGUCAACAGGAGUCAGAGCCAGGGGAACUACAGGGGGGAAAGGGAGAGUCGGCAGCGGUUGCUGCAGCUGUAGCGGCAGCCGCUAACUCACGACAACAGUAACAACAAAACCCCAUUGCUUUGCUCCACUUGCGGUUCACCUCGUGGCGCAGAUGUACCAGUAUAUACAGAGCUAAGACUGCCCGGCCAGCUAGUUCCUGGGGAACCUGAAGGAGCUCGCCCGGACUUUGAAGAGGCACUGUUCAGGGGCAGUCCUGCAAGGGGACAGAGGCUUCGCAGCUUCUGCUGACUUCUGGCCUCCUUGUCCCCUUCGUUCUGCUCCAGCCUGCCUCUCAAAUGGAGUCCCCGGUGCAGAUCUUCCGUGGGGAUCUAGGCCCGACCUGCCCGCCAGGCUCCUGCCUGCUGCCCAACAGCAGCAACUGGUUUCCAGGAUGGGCAGACCAGGAUAGCAACGAGAGUGAUAGCUACGAGGAUCAACAGCUGAACCAUACGCGCAUCUCCCCUGCCAUUCCCAUCAUCAUCACAGCGGUCUACUCCGUGGUGUUUGUGGUGGGCUUGGUAGGCAACUCAUUGGUCAUGUUUGUGAUCAUCAGAUAUACAAAGAUGAAGACAGCAACCAACAUUUACAUAUUUAAUUUGGCUAUGGCAGAUGCAUUGGUUACUACCACUAUACCGUUCCAAAGCACUGAAUAUCUGAUGAAUUCUUGGCCUUUUGGAGAUGUGCUGUGUAAAAUAGUGAUUUCUAUUGACUAUUACAAUAUGUUUACCAGCAUAUUCACAUUGACCAUGAUGAGUGUCGACCGUUACAUUGCAGUGUGUCACCCUGUCAAGGCUUUGGACUUCCGCACUCCCUUGAAGGCAAAGAUUAUUAACAUAUGUAUCUGGUUAUUAUCAUCCUCUGUUGGUAUAUCUGCUAUAGUCCUAGGGGGCACCAAGGUCAGAGAAGAUAUAGAUGCCAUUGAAUGCUCUUUGCAGUUCCCAGAUGUUGAUUAUUCCUGGUGGGAUCUCUUCAUGAAAAUCUGUGUCUUUGUUUUUGCAUUUGUGAUUCCAGUUCUCAUCAUCAUUGUGUGCUACACUUUGAUGAUCUUACGCUUAAAGAGUGUGAGGCUACUUUCUGGCUCUCGAGAGAAAGAUCGCAACCUCCGCCGAAUCACCAGGCUUGUUCUGGUGGUGGUGGCAGUCUUUAUCAUCUGUUGGACCCCCAUUCACAUAUUUGUAUUGGUUGAGGCCCUGGGGAGCACCUCCCAUAGCACAGCAGUCCUUUCUAGCUAUUAUUUCUGCAUUGCUUUAGGGUACACCAACAGCAGCUUAAACCCCAUUCUGUAUGCUUUCUUGGAUGAAAACUUCAAGAGGUGUUUUAGGGACUUUUGUUUCCCAUUUAAAGCCAGGAUGGAGCGACAGAGCACUACUAGAGUCCAAAACACAGUGCAGGACACUCCCUACAUGAGGGAGGUUGAUGGGAUAAAUAAACCUGUAUGACUAGUCGUGGAAAUGUCAUCCUAUAGUUCUCCAGGAAGAGAGGAGUUCAAUGAUCUAGGAUUAACUCAGAUUACCACAGCAGUCUGAGCCUGAAAACAGAAUUUUAUUUUUGGAAAGACUUUUAGAAGUUCUUAUGUUGUGCAGUCAUGGCAAGAGCAAGCUGCUAUGGCAGUCAAGCUCAGUUGACACCAAGUUUAAGACAGGGUUUGAGGACAAAAAAAAAUCUAAGUAGGAAGGUACCUUCUUUAAAUCGAGGAAAUCAGACUAUCUGACUGUUGUUGCUAGGGAAAAGAAAGUCAGAUUUCCAUCUUCUGAUGCUUAGACUAUGUUCCCCACCAUUUUCUAUGGCCUUAUAUGCAGAGAUAUCAUUCCUAUAGUUUUUUUUUUUUUAAGAAAAAGCAUUUGCUUCAGAAUGAAAGUGAAUAUUGUAAGGCCAGAUUCUUGCAGAGUGGGAGCUUCAAAAAUGAUGGCCACUGUGAAGUUGUUCACCUUCAUGGAUAAUAAGCAUUUGCUUUGGUUGUGUGGCAAAAAUUUCAGCUUAAGCAUGGCCUGAAUUUAUAUCUAAAGUGUGCAAUGUCUCUGUGUAUUGUGAAAGUCUUUUAAUAUUUACAAAAAUAAAAAUAAAUUCUUAAGAUGCCAGGAAUACAGUUUCUAAUAUAUUUUAGUGUAUUUGGCACCUACAGAUGAUGCUUACUGCUUUUAGCUAUGACUCUCUGGUAUUUAAGGUGACAAAUUAUCAGAUGUUAAGUCAUGCCUUGGAAAAUAUGUUAGGAAAAUCUUCCCUUGAUCAUCUGUGUACAAGAAGAGAACUAGUCAGAGAGUCUUUGGUUGAUUGAAAUAUACCAGAGCUUCAUCUUGAAAUAUUUUGCAUAUGUAGAUAAAGAAUGGGCUGGACCAUCACUAGCUCUUCUUGAUAUGUGUGUCUAAUUUGAAAAUAAGCCAAGCAGCUAAUUCAUUCAUUUGGAGUGAUGACAUUGCUGGCAAUCAUUAUAGUAGUUGAAACAUUUCUCCAGUCAUUAAAGUAUUUCCUGGGAAUUAAUCAUAGGACUUUUGGAAGUAGUCCAUUUCUUUCAGAUAGCUAGAAUACCUGUAUACCUGCUUACUCCCAAAGAAUUCAUUUUUAAAGUUUCCUGAAAAGCAUAAGAUUGAUCCCAUCAUCAGUAUAGACCAGCAAUUAUUUACAGAGAAAGCCCACCUUCACUCUUCCUGUGGUGGGACAGACAGUGAAAUGACAUUCAUGGGCAGAGUGUGGAAAUGAUAUGGUUUUGUUUUGUCAUGCCUUAGGUUGGAUCACUCUACUUAAAGAAGGAGUAAUUGAGGUAGAGCCUUAGCAAUCCAUGUACUGUGAUCUUGCCACUUGGACUCAAGGCUCUAAAGUGAGAAAAUUUCAAAAUAGUAUAGGUGUAAUGGGAGUUGUACCUCAUUUGUCCAUUCUUUUUAUCUCCAAAAGCUAGGGUACGUUCUCCCUUGUUCAUUGCUUUGACAUAUGCCUGGGCCAACAGGUAAAUUUGGGACUAAGGCUUUUUCCUCAGUAGGUACAAGUUGAGCCCCAUCUAGGGUUUAAAGAGGCAUGGAAAUAUACAUAUCUAUGAAACUCUAAGGUAUUUUAAUUCUUGUGGGAAUAUUCCUUCUUUCUCCUACAGUCUUAUGUCUAUGCGAUGUUGAAACUAAAACUUGGCAUUUAAGGAGUUAAACAAAUGUUUUCAAGGUUUACCUCAACUGUAUUAGCUUGCCUAUAUCUUAGAUCUCCACAGUACCUAACGUAGUGUUCCUAAAUUAUUUGGACUGUGUGACUAGAUAUAUUUCUAAUUGAAAAUUAAGGAAUUUUUAUAUCAUAUUUCAUUGAAAUAUCUAAGCAUAUUUGUGCUUUUAUAGUCAGGUAUAUAUAGCCAAUUUUAACAUUUAUUGACUAUAAUGUGAUAUAUUCAAAUACUUCAGCUGCCAUACUAGAUGGAUAUGUUUAUAUACACCCACAUAUAUAUACACAUAUGUAUACAAAUAUAUGUGUGUGUGUGUGUGUGUGUGUGUGUGUGUGUGUGUGUGUGUAUACAGUGGCUUGAGGACAUGUUACUAGGGGAGUGUAAUGAGGUCUUAAGCAUAUUAUACAUAAUAUUUAUAAAUAUCAAAACAAUCUCACUUAUUUCCUGGAACAUUAAACUUGUAUGUUCAUACUCUAGGCCCCCUAUUGCUGUUUUUACCCCAUGGAGUAAAUAAAAACAUGGCUUGGAAUGAGAUUCUAGGAAGUGCACAUGAAGUGUCCUCGUGCUAGUGCCCUGAUUGGCACUGAGGUCAUCUGAGCCUUGUGCAUGAAUGUAGGACAUCUCCCCAUCUCUUGUGCCAGGGAUGCUCGGAGAAUUCUUAUGACACUCAUUAGGACUAUGGGUGCUCCCUUGCUAUUGCUGCCAAUAUUUCCCCCAACACUUUUAGGGGAUUUCUGCAGUAAGAUUAACAGUAGGAAGUCACAAAAUACAUAGAAAGAUGCAAAGUUUAGGGAUAUAGUAAUAAGAGAAGGGUGUGAUGCAUGAAAACCUCUUUGUCAAAAAUAUAGCCUGGGUUUUUAUGCUCCUCUCUCAAAAAUAUUUUUUGAUGUGUGGCAGAAGUGACAAUGGUUGUGUUAAGUGCAUACUCUCAGAUGAUGGCAUUGUCAAGGGUCCUCUUCUAUUAAUCCCCUUCAUGUAAUAUUGUGAUGCUCCACUCCUCUCAUCUCAACAAGAAAGCAUAACAAAAUACAUGAGUGUCUCUCUGAGGUCAGAAAACAACCUUAGGGACUGCUUCCCCAUGUUUUUUCAAUUUCUCCACCUUCCUAGUUUUCCCAGUGAUCAUUUCUAUCACAUGGGUUUGUUACAGAGGAUUAAGGGUUUGGAAAGAGAUACAGUGAGAUAAAUCAGUCAUCAGUGAGGAGGAUAGAUAGAAGAAUAAAAAGAAAGCCUCUUGAGUGUCCAAGAUCAUUAUUAUGACCCUGUCCAGAAUAGUUGUUCAGAAAUAGCAUUUUAAAAAAUUACAAUUAUUGCAAAUUGAGAGGCAGCCAUGGUGCAGUGGAUUACUGGACAAUCUAGUUUCAGGACCUAAUUCUGAUACAUCCUAUCCGUGUGACUGAUUAAAUGACUUAACUUCUCAGUGCUCUAGACAAGUCUUAUACAUUACAAAGUGCCAACCAAUUUAGGCAAAGGGAACUUCUUCACCUGAGAAUUUCCUAUCUGAAUGAAAUCAUAGGUAUAAUCCCUAGCCCUCUAGUCUAUUGAUUUAUAGUGAUAACUGAAAAGAAACUUCAGAAAAUUUCAAAGUACAGUCACUUAAUUUCUAACAAUCAAGUGCUAUCUGGGAGUGCAUCUCUGAGCAAAACUUGGCCCUCAUCUUGUACAGUGACUCUCAUCCCUUUUAUAAUUAUUUAGUGUGUAAAAUGUGGCAUGACAAGAUGUAUAAUUGAAGUAAAAGGAAUAUAUUUGGCUGGAUUUCUAUUAACACUUUCUCACGGAGAGAACUGUGACUGGGCUGUAUGGUCCUUUCAUAAGAAUUGUUUGAUUCAGCAGAAACGUGAAAACAAUGUCUAAAAAAAGAAAGAGCUUUUUUUGCCCUAAUGAAUUCUUCUAGUCUCCAGAACAAAAGUAUCUUCUUGUUUCUUUUCUAAGCUCUGAUAGAAAAAAUAUAUGCAUAUAUUAUGUACAUACUUAUAUUCUAAAAUGGUGAUAUAUUAUGCAUUGUGUAUAUGGUUGUGCCUUGUGAUAAAAUAUUGUACUGAAAAAAAGAAACAAUCU